UGUACUAUUGUGCUAAUACUUAAGGACGCGCGCGCCAUGGCGGUGUGUCUCCUCAACUUUGCUACUCCAGUUGCUACUGAAGACUCCGGCCAUGGCAUCGGCAGCCAUGCUCGUGCCGCUCGUGCUGGUUCUCUGCACGGCAGCAGCAAGCGCGGCCGUCGUGGAGCACACCUUCAAGGUGGGCGGUACGAAGAUCACCCAGCUAUGCAUGAACAGUGUGAUCUACACGGCCAACCAGCAGCUGCCGGGACCGACCAUAGAGGUUACCGAAGGCGAUACACUGGUCGUCCACGCCGUGAACGACUCACCGUACCCUCUGUCACUCCAUUGGCACGGUGUAUACCAGCUCCGGAGUGGUUGGAAUGACGGGGCCAACAAGAUCACGCAAUGCCCCAUCCAGCCUUCUGGCAAUUUCACGUACCGGUUCAACAUCACCGGCCAGGAGGGGACGCUGUGGUGGCACGCGCACUCCUCGCUCCUCCGAGCAACCAUCUACGGCGCGCUCAUCAUAAAACCCAGGAAUGGGCCGAGUGGGUACCCGUUCCCUGAACCAUAUGAAGAGAUCCCGAUCCUACUAGGUGAGUGGUGGAACAGAAAUGUGGACGAUGUGGAGAAUGAUGGGUACCUGACCGGCUUAGGGCCUCAGAUUUCAGAUGCGCUCACCAUCAACGGCAUGCCAGGUGACCAGAAUCGCUGCAAAGGUUCCGCCAUGUAUGAAGUGGAGGUGGAGUACGGCAAGACUUGCCUCCUGCGCAUCAUCAACGCUGCAGUCAAUGUGGAGCUCUUCUUCAAGGUGGCCGGCCACACCUUCACCGUGGUCGCCGCCGACGCCAGCUACACCAAACCAUACGCCACGGACGUCAUCGUCAUCGCGCCGGGCCAGACGGUGGACGCCCUCAUGAACACCACAGCAUCGCCCGGUCGGUACUACAUGGCGGCACACGUCUUCGACAGCAAGACCGUCGCCGUGCCGUUCGACCAGUCCACCGCCACGGGCAUCGUGAAGUACAAGGGCGUGCCGAAUUACGCCCCGGCGGCCAUGCCGUCCCUGCCGCCCCACGACGACGUCGUCACCGCCGGCAGAUUCUACUGGUCACUCACCGGCCUCGCGCGCCCGAGCGACCCGGGCGUGCCAACAACCGUCGACCACAACAUGGUGGUGACGUUCGGGCUGGACCAGGCGCCGUGCGCGCCCAACCAGACGAAGUGCAGCGGGUUCGCGCUCGUGGCGGCCAUGAACAGGAACUCGUUCCAGUUCCCGGAUCAGAAGGUGUCGCUACUCGAGGCGCUCUACAAGGGCGUACCGGGCGUGUACUCCGAGGACUUCCCGGACUUCCCGCCGCCGAUGCAGGGGUUCAGGAAGGCGACGGCGGUGAAGAAAGUGAAGUACAACGACGUGGUGGAGGUGGUGCUGCAGAGCGAGCAGUACAGUAGCACGCUCGGCACCGAGAACCACCCGAUCCACCUGCACGGGUUCGACUUCUACCUGCUGGCGCAGGGGCUCGGCCGGUUCAACCCGUCGAUGAAGAGCAAGUACAACCUCGUGGACCCGCAGGUGCGCAACACCGUCGCCGUGCCGGCCGGCGGCUGGGCGGUGAUCCGGUUCAUGGCGAACAACCCAGGUAUGUGGUUCAUGCACUGUCACUUGGACGCGCACCUGCCGUUGGGGCUGGCCAUGGUUUUCGAGGUGCUGAACGGACCAGCCCCGAAUCUGCUCCCUCCACCUCCUGUUGACCAUCCAAAAUGCCAUGGAUGAACGCCUUACAGAUUAUGUGCGUAUAUACAGAGUAUACUCGACAAGUUCAUGAUACCAGGAAUGAGAUUGGGUAUAGGAGUUUUCACCUGAAAAAGAAAGAUUUGAGUGUGCGAGGCGUGCCCGUAUUCAAAUUCCAUGUACUUACUGCUCGUGUGGUCAUUCUUUUCUCAUCCUGCUUGUGUUUAGGACAAUCAUGUUCGAAGUUCGCCACUUUUUAAGAUUUCAGUACUGAAUAAAGGAUGGGCUUCUGGAGCCUUCCAAUUCGUCACUGUCUUGUUACUACUUCCUCCUUUUAGCCUCUCAUUGUAAGCUGGAUUACUACAAUAGCUCCUCAUGAAAUUUUUCAUUGCUGCAAGAAUUGGAAUAUUUGCACAUAGGCUCACGGAACGAACUACUUCACCAAAAGAAUGAAUAAGCUAUGUUUACUUGUUGGCA